CCGAGGGCCCGCGGAGUUGCCGGCGGAUCCCGAAGUUUUCCCGGAGCUGCGGGAUGGCGGGCGCCGCCCACUGCUCCCUGCAGGCCAAGCGGCUGCUGCUGGACCCCAAGUUCGAGGGAUACAAGCUGUCGUUGGAGCCGCUGGCCUGCUACCAGCUGGGGCUGGACGCGGCUGUAGCAGAAGUGCAGCUUCGUGAUGAUCAAUAUACCCUUGACCACAUGCGUGCUUUUGGCAUGUAUAAUUAUCUUCACCUUGAUUCCUGGUACCAGGAUAAUGUCUACUAUGUUGAUCAGUUUGGAAGGGUUAUGAAUCUGUCAGUGACUCUGGACACUGCUCUACAAAAACCAAGAGAAGUUUUCAGGCUACCUACAGACUUGACUGCAUGUGAUAAUCGCCUUUGUGCCUCAAUGCACUUCUCAUCCUCCACAUGGGUUACCCUUUCUGAUGGUACAGGAAGACUGUAUUUAAUUAAAUCAGGCAAGCGUGGAAGCAGUGCAUCUGAAAAGUGGGAGAUUGUGUUUAAUGAAGAACUAGGAAGUCCAUUUAUUGUAGCACACAGUGUUUCCUUUGUAAAGUCUGAUGCACAUUCACUAGCUGUGCUGCUGCUUAGGGUAGAAAAAGAUGAGCUGGACACAAAAGGAAGUGGAUUUCAUGUUACCUUGGAAUGGGUUACAAUUGCAGGAAGAGGAGAGGGUGAUUAUAGAUAUGAAAUCAAUAAAAGGAGAGUUUUGCAAGGAAAAUCAGUCCCCCAUUAUGCAGCAAUAGAGCCAAGUGGGGAUGGUCUAAUGAUUGUUUCCCACAAACCAUUCACAUUUAUGCAAAGUGACAGUGACAAAUUAGAAGAAAAUGAAGAUGUAAAAGUAUCAAAUGAAAAGAAAGCUGUAGACCCUCUCUACUACUGGCAGCAGACUGAAGAUGAUGUGACAGUAACAGUUCACCUGCCUCAAGACAUCACAAAGGACGACAUAAAAAUACGUUUUUCUCCUGAUAAUAUAUGUGUUACACUGAAAGACCAGACUCCUUUGAUGGAAGGAAAUCUCUAUUCAUCUGUGGACCAUGAAAGCUGCACAUGGAUAAUUAGAGAGGACAAAAGUUUGGAAAUCUCUCUGAUUAAGAAGAAUGAGGGAUGCCGGUGGCCAGAGCUAAUCAUUGGUGACACAAGAGGGGAAUUUGUUAUGGACCCUUCCCAAUGCUCUGAAAUAGCUGAAAGCCUGAUGCAUCUUACCUCUGAAGUAAUGAAUCCAAACCCUGAAAAGGAAAACCCACCUUGUAAUGCUCAAGAGUUAGAAGAAUGUGAUGCUUUUCUUGAAGACGGCGCAAGCUUGUGCAGAUUUGAUGGCAAUACCUUGAAAGUCACUCAUAUAAUUAAUCUUGGAAGCAACCAAUAUCUUUUCUCAGUUGUUGUAAAUCCCAAAGAAAUGCCAUGCUUCUGCCUGAGGCAUGAUGUUGAUGCUCUUCUCUGGCAGCCUCACUCUGACCAACCAGAGAAUAUGUGGGAACACAUUGCAACUUUUAAUGCUUUAGGUUAUGUCCAAGCAUCAAAGCAAGACAAGAAGUUCAUGGCUUGUGCUCCAGAUUACUCCUACGCUGCUCUUUGCGAGUGUCUGCGACGAGUUUUCAUCUAUCGCCAGCCAACUCCUCUGGCCACAGUCCUCUACAACAGGAAGGAAGGAAGACAAGUAGGACAGGUUGCUAAGCAGCUGGUAGCAACCCUGGAAGCCAGUGAUCCUAUCUUAGGCUUUCAAGCUACGAGUGAGAGAUUAUUUGUUCUCACAACAAAAACCUUGUUUUUAAUAAAGGUGAACUCUGGAAAUUAAUUAUUCAGUGUGCUCUGCUCUAGUUUGUGUUAAGAAUUUGUUACAGACAUGAAGAGGUAGACAAUCUGACAAGUUCACUACAAUUUGCUGAAAAUCAAAAAGGGGAUGUUUUACAGGAGAAUCAAAUUUCUUCAUUGGAAUUUUUCUGUAAGAAAGUGAGAGUGUUUUGACUUUGCUGCCAUGGAAGUAAGCUUUUUCAGAGCUCUGGGAAAAUGUCUUCUGCAUUAACAUCUUUGUCAGAAUAAUUGUCACAUGCUGCUAUUGCAUAGGCGAAUAGAUUUAUGCAUUGCUUUUUUCAAGUGACUUUAUUUGCUAUACUUCUGAGUUUUGAGAAUUCACUACUGUUUUUAAAUUCCACUGUUUACCUGUGAAAAAAGUAGCCAGAUAAAGAGUUACAAGCAUAUGAUGUGCAAAGUAGAAUGUAUCAUAAAGAAAAAAAAUCUCCAAUUCAGAUACUGUUGACCAAAAAACUGAUUUAACAUUCAGUAGUUUUGAAUGAAAUGUGAGUGAAAUGAGUGGGGUAUUAUGUUUCUUAUACAGGUAAUUAAAUGGAGCAGUUUUACUGUUUGUGCACAUUUUGAAUUGUUGGUUUGGGACUUAUUUAUACUUGCAGUAAAAUCUGUUCACAUUUCUAAAAUACGUUUAGUAGCUUUUUCCAAAAGCAAAGUAAGGGUCACUGUAUAGCUGGAAAUUGUACCUCCAGUGCUGGUAGCUAAGGUCUUGUCAUACUCUCAGUUGUGCCAUCUUUGUUUGACUUUAUACUUCAUUUCAAGUGACUCAUUUACAAUGAGAAAAUGUAACAGACAGAAAAAGCACCAGUAUUAUAACCUGGGAUGGGAUACUCAGAGGUGCUGCUUGUGCCUCAGAUGCCACUGUAAAUGCUGCAGUCACUUAACUGUUCUGUCUUUGAUGCCUAAGUCAAAACACGGUAUAUUUGCAAUGUAAGCGUACUCUGGCCAGUGAGGAUGCUUUGGUUUAACAAACUGGUAUGGUUGAGUUGAAUAGUUGUAUCUGAAGACUUCUGUUUCUUAUUUUAAAUUGGCAUUGUCAGUACAUUUAAACCAAAGAGUUAGUUGUGACAGCUCCACCCAGGGUUGGGCUAUUCAUAGCUGGCUUACAAAUCUAUAGCAAAGAAUUCCUAAUAUGUUGUGUACUGGCAGGAAAGCUGCUGUCAUCCGCGAUACCAAAGUACUGAGACACAACUACAGGCAGCCUUUUAGUUUGUGUCUCCCUACCAGUAUCAUUUCAGAACUCUGUAAGAAUCUAUUGAGGCAAGAAUAAGGGUUUCUUUCAUUGUGAUUGUUUUGACUCUCCUGUAAAUUCUCCAGAUUUGUAUCAGUGAACUGAUUAAAUAACAAGAGGGAGGCAAGUAGCUGUGGCUUGCAAGAACCCUCCAAAUGCAGAAGCUUUUCAAGGAAUCUGAUUUUCCUUCUCCCCAUAGCAGGAUUAUAUCGUAUAUUCAAUAUUGCAAAGCUUUUCUUUACUUUUACUUGAGUAAGUUAAGACAGAAUGGGUUUGUAAAUCUCUUUUCAUUCCUUCCUUUUAAAACUGUCUUGAAAAUGCUUUUUGGAAAGGCACAGUGAAUGUAUUACCAUUGCAUGACUGUUAUGCAUCUAAAUUUUAUUUGUUGGCCAAUAAUGUCAAACAAGGUGGUAGAAUUCCUGUAGAGGUCCUUUAGAAAAAAUUAUGUAGCUUAUUACUUUGCAGCAUAAAUUAAGUUCUUUUAGAUGUAUAUGAAUAUUACUUGGUAACCUGAGGUUUAACCUUUGGGGACACAGAGUUAAGAAUGUGAUAUUUGGGAAAUGGAGGAAUGAAAGAGAAAAGGAAUCAUACUCAAUAUGCCUUUGUCACCUCUGGUCUAAUGCAGGUAGUUCAAUAUGAUGAGAAUUUCAGCUGUUCUUUGUCAAAUUCUUCUUGCUGUGAGUUACGUGUUUGGAAACAUGCUCUGCUGUCUCCUGCAACAGAGGAAACUAAGUCAAGUAAAAUGGUUAUCUCUUCAGAGGCAUUACAAUAUGCAAUGACUAGAGCUCACAUUCCAAAUGUUUGUCUAUUUCAAGGGAGUUCUUGUUUGCAUCUGAAAAUAACUGAACACAGGGAAAAGGUUCAUCUCUUUUCCAUGUUACUCAUCUGUUUGUAAUCAUGGUUCCCAGGAACAAUGUAUAAAGUAGUCUCUCAUUUUGCUUCUAUGAGAGUCAAGAAUAUUUCAUUAUUUAAAUUAUUUUUUGCCUUGAGGAACCUUGAGUGCUGUUGCACAGCAAGCUACUAUGCACCUGAGGCGGGGCAAUGCCAAGCACAAAAGCAGGCUGGGCAGAGAAUGGGUUGAGAGCAGCCCUGGAGAAAAGGACUUGGGGGUGCUGGUGGAUGAGAGGAUGGACAUGGCCCAGCAAUGUGCACUUGCAGCCCAGAAACCCAAACAUGUCCUGGGUUGCUUCAUGUGAAGCGUGGCCUGUAGGUCCAGAGAGGUGAUUCUGCCCCUCUGCUCUGCUCUGGUGAGACCCCACCUGGAGAAAUGCAUCCAGCUCUGAGGAUCCAACAUAACAGACAUGGACCUGUUGGAGCAAGUCCAGAGGAGGGACAUGAAGAUCAUCAGAGGGCUGCAGCCCCUUGUCUGUGACAACAGGGCUGAGAGCGUUGUGGUUGUUCAGCUUGGGAAAGAGAAGUGUCUGGGAGACCUUAGAGCAGCCUGCUGGUACAUAAAGGGGCCUGCAAGAGCGUUGGAGACGGGUUUUGGACAAGGGCAUGUAGUGGUAGGGCAAGGGAUAACAGCUUUGAGCAGAAAUAGAGUAGGUUUAGGUUAGAUACUGGAGGAAAUUUUUACUGUGUGAGUGGUGAGGCUCUGGACAAAGUUGCCCAGAGAAAUUGUGGAUGCCCUGUUCCUCAAAGUUCAGCCCCAGACUGGAUGGGGCUUUGAGCAACCUGGCCUAGGGCAAGGUGUCCUGACACAUUCAUGGGGAGCCAGGUAUUAUAAACUCCUUGCAGGUGCAAGGGUUUGGCUAGCAGCCCCAGAAUGGCUUAAAAUAUUAGCAAGAUGGCACCAUCAGAGGUGUUUGAAAAGCAAAAAUGUUUUAAUUAAGAUGAAAACAAACCAUACAGGAAAAAAAGCUGUGCCAGAUGCAAAGAGAAUCCUUGCACCUGUUACAACGCCCUGAAAGUGCACUGAAAGUCUUUGUGCACUCUCUUAAGCAAUGAGUAAAGUGGGAUUCUUGGCAUCCUGCCCAAUAGAAAUAGUAACAGGGUUUUGAGGCACAGCUCCAAGGAUCCAACAGGUGUCUUUGUGCUGGAACAUGGCCAAAUAAGGUGUGGAACUCUCUGGUUUUUACCUUAUAAGUGAAACAAAAAAUGAAACCUAAAUCCUUUCCUAAAAUGGAAACCCCUGCUACUGUGGGGGUGCAGCCCCCACCAUGUGAGGUACAUGCCUACAGUGUCCCUGCCCAUGGCAGUGGAGUUGAAAUUAUGAUCUUUGAGGUCGCUUUCCAACCAUUCUAUAAUAAUUAAAUGGCUGCAAGCCACUAGGAGACACUCCCUAUCAGCAUUUCCAUUUCUGUAUUGAAUUACUCUUAAGGCUUAUUUGUUCAGUAUAUCCUAAAUAGACUUAUACAAAGUAUAAAAUGUGGAUAUUUAGAAGAGCUGGUUUUCUGACAACCAUGCUUCAGUUUUCUAGGAUUUUGUUUCUUGAAAUCUUACUUUUUCAUACAGUUCUUCCUGAGAGGUCCCAGUCACAAUCUAUUUACAGAAUUUCUGAGAAAAUAUUUGACUAUUACAGGCUUACUUGGCUGUUACUGCAUUAUUUGAUUUUAGUAUUCUUUUCCAGUGCUUUCCUUGACUGCAUGUUUGGAAUGCAUAAUGUAUUCUUCUACAAGUUUAAAUAAAUAGAAAAAAUCUUAAAACUUUAAACAUAUUUUAAAGGAUUUAUAUUAAUUUCAAAUGUGUAGCCUUCAUAUGCUACUGAAAUAAAAUAAAUUUAAAAAAUAGAAGUAAGAAAUUCCUUAUAUUAAAACUUGUGUUAAAGAGUUUUCUGCUAGGGCAAAGUUCUAGCAGGUAUCUGCACUGCAGGGCCGAGGCUGUUGCCAAGACAUGCACUCUUGCACUUAUGUCUCUGAAAUCCCCUGUACAGCCUUGCUAAUGUUCCAUUUCUGCCAACACACAAAUUUACAGAGGUAGAGACUGGAGGGGGUUGAUAAGUAUUCAGGUGUAUUCUUGUGUUAAUGUGCUCAGUGUGCCUCUGAUUCUGUGUCUUCUUUAUGUUCAAAACCCAGUGAUAUGGACAAGCCCUUCCUUCCUCUCCUCCUACCUUGACCUUUUUGAAGGAAAAUGAAGGAAAAGAGGAAGGCUUUGGUCUGUAUGUCUGUCCUUAGUCAAAAAGUGGUUCUUCAUUAAUGAAGCAACAGAUCCCAUGAGAGUAAAGCUUAUAUUUUAUUUCCGUUUUUUGUGCUUUAUUUCAAUAAAGAGCCAUUAGAACUUUUUAAUUUCCUUGCCUUCUGUAAUUUAUGUUUUCUGUUCUCAUACAGAUUAGAUGAACUUGAAGCCUGCAGUCAAUCACAUAUUAGCCAUGUAAUAAAAAUUUGGGUUUAAAAUUUUGUGCUGUCAGUCCAAUGUGCCUUAUUCCUGGAAAUCUGGUGGCAUUUGUUUCCUCUCCUCUCUAGGCAAUACUUGUUCAUUUGUGCUAUGGAUAAAAAUCAGCAAGGCCUAAAGAUAACUUGACAUUGACGUAGAAGAGCCAAGCACAAAGCAAGCCUUUUCAUCAAGACUAUUGCAAUAAUUUCCAACUCAAGGUAUAGUCAGUUUUUCUUAGAGAAGUGUUUGCUGGAGUAAUAGUUUUUCCUUUGUAAAAGGUUUAAAGUCCUUCUGACUUUACACCACUUUCUUUACACCAAGAUCUUUGUCAGGAAGUGGUAACUGGAUAUUAAUUAAAAUAGAUCUAAUUAACAGUUUCAGAUGCAGACCUGGAAAAUACUUGUCAUAGUCUUUACCAAUCUAAUGCUCUAUGCAAAAUAUCCUUUAUAAACCAUUCCAGUGCAUUUAUGCAAUCUAAUGUGAGUUGAAAGGAAUUCUCAAAAAAAACCCACAGGAAAGCAAAUUUUAAAAAAUUUAUCAUCUUAGAGCGUGACUUUCAUUAUGUUGUGAUAAGUAUAUACUUUCUAAUAGUGUAUUCCAAUAAUACAUUUCUUAAUGUAUUAGUUAUAUGCUGAAUGUGCAGGACUUGUGUGUGUAUGUAGCUUUGUAUUUUCAUCUGUAAAUGCACACACCUGUAUGAAUUCAUACGGCCUUAAGGUACUGGGGAGGGUGGAGUGGCUUUUGGAGAGGAGAAUCUUUUAACUUUACUGACACCGAAGCUUGGAUUCUUUAUUAACAUGUUCAGGAUUCUGCCAUACAUGUGUUGUAAUGUCAUGAUAACUGCUUCAUGUGAAAACAUCAGUCGUGAAUCCUGUGGUGGUUUCCUCUGCUGAGGAUUAAAUAUGAGAUAUCUCAGUAUUUCAUUUUACCCAAACUUAAAUAGCUUAGAGGCCAAGUAUUGAGUAAAUGCCUCAAGCUGGCAGAAUUGAUGCAGAAGUAAUAAGCAUUUAUUUUUAUCAGAACAAGUAAUGUUUAGAGGGAAAAGAAAGCCCACUGAAUACUAAUUCAGUCACUGAAAUUGCAGCUGAUUGGCCUUUAAUGAUUUUUUUCUUCGAAGUUACUCAUUCUCUCUCUUGCAUGUGUCCCCUCUAAUAACUGUAGAGUACCUUAUGGUAAUUUAAGGUUGAGCAAUUUAUGGGAAUUUUCUGAGUAACUUCAUUAUGCUUGCAUAUGUGGUAUCUAAAAUAUGGGUAUGAGGUACAAGAUGGAUACACCCACUCAUAAAGAGACUGGGAACUCAGGCUCUUGAUUUGAUCAAGGGCUGGCGAACAUCUGAGCAAAAAUAAAAAUGGAUGGUUUGAAGA